AUUAAGCUAUACCAUGUGAUCCGAUCCGGACAUUGAAAGUCAAUUCCCGAAGCAUCAAGAUAUAUACAGAUUAUCAUUAACAUCCGGGCACUGAACAUUGGAUGGCCAAAGAAUCCUAAAAGGUGAUCAUAUGAGCUAGCGAUUAAUUGAAGAUAUAAAGUAUAGGAGAUCAGAGAUCUGGACCCAACCACAAGAUCCCAUCUGUAUUUUGUCAAGUAUUUGCCAACCCAUCCACCGUAUGGAUACCUGGUAAGUAUCGAUUUCACUGGUAAAUUUGAACUCAAAACACAAUGCCUUGCAUCCUCUUCUCUUCUAUAUAGACAGAACCCACCCACUACUCCAAUUCAUCAAAACCAGUAACCAUGCCUUGCAACCUUUUCUCUUCUUGCUAUUCCACGCUCCUCUUUUCCAUCAUUCUCUUCUUUUCUCUGUCUUCUGCACAAGAUCCCUCCUUGGCUCCUGUGACACCGGAAAAUGCUUGUAACUCCACCCCUUAUCCUGACUUCUGCAAAUCCGUGCUCCCUCGCAAUGGGUCUGCCAAUAUUUAUGACUAUGGCCGCUUUUCAGUUCGUCAGUCUCUCUCUGCAGCAACACAGAUUUCAACUUUGAUUAAUCAGUAUCUCGGAUCCUUGCUGCCAUUAUCAACCACUGUCCUUGAAGUGCUCAAAGAUUGUCAGCUCCUUGCAGAUCUAAAUGUCGAUUUCUUACUAAGCUCCGCUAAUAGUCUCAGUUCUACCAAGCCUCUCCUCAGCUUGCAGGUUAAUGAUGUCCAAACCUUUCUUAGCGCUACACUGACUAAUCAACAGACUUGUUUGGAUGAACUUCAGACAUUCGCAUCAGCUUGGAGCGCCAAGAUUGGAAUUUAUACCCCUCUCUCCAAUGGAAUUAAACUGUACAGCGUCUCUCUAGCACUGUUUACUCGUGGUUGGGUUCAUAAAAACGGCAAAGUUAAGGGGAGAAAGCUCAUGUUCGACGACCAGGAAAUGGGUCAACAUGGUCGCCUACCAUUGAUAAUGUCAAGCCACAACCGCCACAUCUACGAUGUUAGCAGAAGGAAGCUUCUUCAGACAACUACGCCAGAUGUCUUAGUGAGAGACGUGGUAGUCGUGAGCCAAGAUGGAAGUGGAAAUUUCACAAGCAUCAACGAUGCCAUCGCCGCAGCUCCCACCAACACUAAAGCAAACAAGGGCUACUUCUUGAUUUAUGUAGUCGCCGGAAUCUACGAAGAGUACGUAACCAUUGCUAAAAAUAAGAAGAAUUUGAUGAUAAUAGGAGACGGUAUUGACCAGACCGUGAUCACAGGCGACCGAGGUGUGGUUGAUGGUUGGACUACAUUCAAUUCUGCAACACUGGCUGUAGUUGGACAGGGGUUCGUCGCUGUAAAUAUAACGGUUCGCAACACUGCAGGAGCAAUCAAGCACCAGGCAGUGGCGGUUCGGAAUGGAGCAGACAUGUCGACCUUCUACAGUUGCAGCUUCGAAGGCUACCAGGAUACCUUGUACACCCAUUCCCUCAGGCAGUUCUACAGGGAAUGUGAUAUAUAUGGAACUGUGGACUUCGUAUUCGGAAAUGCUGCCGCUGUUUUCCAAGACUGCAACAUAUAUGCUCGGCUGCCGAUGCAAGGCCAGUUCAAUGCUCUCACGGCCCAAGGCAGAACAGACCCAAAUCAGAACACCGGAAUUUCCAUUCACAACUGUAAAAUUAUGGCAGCUCCAGACUUGGCUUCAAGCAAUGGCACAACAAGAUCUUAUCUGGGGCGGCCAUGGAAAGAAUACUCCAGGACUGUGUAUAUGCAAUCUUUCAUUGAUAGUUUUAUAGAUCCCACUGGUUGGAGAGAAUGGUCUGGUGACUUUGCACUGAGCACGCUCUACUACGCAGAAUACAGCAACACAGGACCCGGAGCAGUGACAGCAGACAGAGUUACUUGGCCCGGUUACCAUGAGAUAAAUGACACAGACGCAGCAGAUUUCACUGUCUCUAAUUUUGUAGUAGGUGACUAUUGGUUACCUGCCACAGGAGUGCCUUAUAGUGGAGGCUUGCUGUGAAAAACACUGUGAGUCUGAGAUGGGUUUUACUUCUAUCGUUCAUCCUUUUGCCUCUUGUUUUGUAUCGUUUUAGUUAAUUAAACAGAGAUGCUAAUCCUUUAAUUCAUAA